GGGAGGCGGCGGCGGCCGUUGGGGCGCGACAGUCCCUGCCUCGCUCUGUUCUUUUCGUUUUCACGGCUUGGUAGAGAGAGCUGCCCUUCGUUACCUGCUGUUUACAGCUAAGGACGGGAUCGGCGAAUCAGUUUGUUAUUCCAGGGUGCAUUUGUGAUCCCUCAAAUAGCCGAAGAGGCGCCGGGGCUGAGUAAGGUUGCAGAAGUAGAGAACCUUGUCGCCCACUUGGCGGAGGUUGGGGCUGUAGCUUGGCUCGGCACCGAAAACGAGGCACAUCUGCAGUGGCCAUCUCUUCCAGGACCCACUUUCGGCCUCUGGAAACAUAAGGGCUCUACCUUGUACUGCCCAACCCCAGGGCCUGAGGCCAAGGCUCUUCCUUGCCCCCUUCUGCGCCCCCGUUUGACUUUUAAUUUUUGGAAUUAAUUUUAGACUCACAGAAGUUGCAGAAGCGGCUUUCCCUAUUGUUAAUAUCUUAUGUCACUUAUGUUGAUAUCUAAUGUACAUAUGUCAAAACUGAAAAGUGAACACUGGCAUAAUACUGUUAAGUACAAACGCUAUACAGGGUUUGCCAGUUUUUUCCACUUAGUUUUCUGUUCCAGUAUCCAGAUCAGAAUACCACAUUGCACUUAGCCUGCCUCGUUUUUAAUUGGUUAAGAGCCGGAAUCUCCUCUCUCAUCCCCCUCCGCACUCCAUGACCUGAGCUACUUCUUCAAAUUCAAGAAAUAUUUACUCAUUCUUUUAACUUAGCGAAUAUUUAUUGGUAGUCUGUUAUAUGCCAGGCCCUGUCCUAGAUACUGGGGAUUCAGCAUUGAACUAGAUAAUCCUGCCCUCAUAUGGGUGCCAGAUAAAGUCUACUGGAACCCAUAGGUCUGGAUUCUGCCCUUUUGUAUUUAACGAUUCUUUUUUUUUUUUUUUUUAAUUUAAGAACAUGCCACUUAGGAUAAUUUUUAAGUGGGUUGAAAUCAGCAUUAAACUUACCUAUCCCUUGCGAUUUAAUCUAAACUUUAUUAUAAAUUUCCAGGUGAUAGGAUUACCUCUUUCAUCUUCCAUUAUCGAUUUUUUCCCUCUCAAAAGUUAUUUCUAGCCUGAGAAAAAUACAGUGCACAAAGAAAUACUAAUUACCAUGUCUUAAGGGACUGCCAAUUGCUCAGAGAUGAUAAGCAGCCUGAAUAUAUUUUUCUAUUUCUUUGCAUAUUGUGCAUUGGUUCAUGGUCAAGUGGUGCCAGAAGGAGGUUCUUCAUCCAGAGUCAUAGUGCAUGUGGAUCUGGAUUGCUUUUAUGCACAAGUAGAAAUGAUAUCAAAUCCGGAACUGAAGGGUAAACCUUUAGGGGUUCAACAGAAAUAUUUGGUGGUUACCUGCAACUAUGAAGCUAGGAAACUUGGAGUUAAGAAACUUAUGACUGUCAGAGAUGCAAAAGAAAAAUGUCCACAGCUGGUAUUAGUUAAUGGAGAAGACUUGACACGUUACAGAGAGAUGUCAUAUAAGGUUACAGAGUUGUUGGAAGAAUUUAGUCCAGUUGUUGAGAGACUGGGAUUUGAUGAAAACUUUGUGGAUCUAACAGAGAUGGUUGAGAAGAGACGACAGCAGCUUCAAAGUGGUGAACUUUCAGCACUGACUGUGUGGGGUCAUGUAUAUAAUGACCAGUAUGUAAACCUGCAUGACAUCUUGCACGUCAGACUCCUUGUUGGAUCUCAGAUUGCAGCAGAGAUGCGGGAAGCCAUGUAUAAUCAACUGGGUCUCACUGGCUGUGCUGGAGUGGCUUCUAAUAAAUUAUUGGCAAAAUUAGUUUCUGGUGUUUUUAAACCAAAUCAACAAACAGUCUUACUACCUGAAAGUUCUCAAGUUCUCAUUCAGAGCUUGAACCAUGUAAAGGAAAUGCCUGGUAUUGGCUAUAAAACUACCAAACGUCUUGAAGCUCUGGGUAUCAGAAGUGUGCGUGAUCUCCAAACCUUUUCAUCCAAAAUACUAGAAAAGGAAUUAGGAAUUUCAGUUGCACAGCGUAUUCAGAAGCUCAGUUUUGGAGAGGAUAACUCUCCUGUGACACCCUCAGGACCACCUCAGUCCUUUAGUGAAGAGGAUUCAUUUAAAAAAUGUUCAUCGGAAGUUGAAGCUAAAAAUAAGAUUGAAGAACUACUUGCCAGUCUUUUGAACAGAGUAUGCCAAGAUGGAAGGAAGCCACAUACAAUAAGAUUAAUAAUCCGUCGGUAUUCACCUGAGAAUCACUGUAGCCGUGAGAGUCGUCAGUGCCCUAUUCCAUCGCAUGUAAUUCAGAAGUUAGGGACAGGAAAUUAUGAUGUGAUGACUCCAAUGGUUGAUAUACUUAUGAAACUUUUUCGAAAUAUGGUGAAUGUGAAGAUGCCAUUUCAUCUUACCCUUUUAAGUGUGUGCCUCUGCAACCUUAAAGCAUUAACCACUGCUAAGAAAGGGACUAUUGAUUAUUAUUUAACACCAUCAUUAUCGACAACUUCCCGCUCUGGCAAGCGCAGUUUUAAAAUGAAAGACACUCAUGUGGAAGAUUUUUCCAAAGACAAAGAAACAAGUUGGGAUUUUCUACCAUCUGGAAGAAUUGAAAGUACAAGAACUGGGGAAGCUCCAGUAGAUACUACACAUUUUUCUAAAGAAAAAGACACUGAUGAAUUCCCACUCUGGUCACUUUCUGAAGGUAUUGACCAAGAAGUCUUUAAGGAACUUCCAGUAGAUAUUCAAGAAGAAAUCCUUUCUGGAAAAUCUGGAGAAAAACUUGAAGGCAAAGAAAGUUUGAGUUGUCCAUUACAUGCUUCUAGAGGAGUAUUAUCUUUCUUUUCUACAAAACAAAUGAAAGAUAGUCCCUUAAAUCCUAAAGAUCAUUUAUCCAGUAGCAAACAGAUGUCUUCUUCCUGUGAACCAGGAACAUCAGGUUUAAGUAGCAGUAGUUGCUCUUCUCCGUCUAGCCAAAAGGAUUAUUCACAUUAUUUAGACAGUAGAUUAAAAGAUGAGCAAAUGAGUCAAGGACCUAAAGAAUCUCAAGGAUUUCACUUUUCACAUACAAACCCCGCUGUAUCUAUUUUCCAUUCAUUUCCAAAUUUGCAGAGUGAGCAACUUUUCUCCACAAACCGCACUACAGAUAGCCAUAAGGAACCACUAGCAACAGUCUCUCAUCAUGAAGGACUUCCAGAAAAUAGAGAGCAAGAUUCUACUGAUGAGAAAAUUACCUUUCCUUCUGACAUUGAUCCUGAAGUUUUCUAUGAACUACCAGAAGAGGUACAAAAAGAGCUGUUGGCACACUGGAAGAGAACAGGAUCAGAUUUCCACAUUGUACAUAAAUAAGCAUGUUCAGAAAAAGGUCUAGAAAGCAAAGGAAAGGCCAUUGUUCUCAGAUCUAGCAGUUUAUUAAGCUCCUCUAAAUUAAACACUAAUAGAUAUUCAAUAAUGUAGAAAUCUAAUAUAAGAUGUUCCAGAUAAAAGCAAGUGUAGUAAUGGGAAGUAAAUUCUGGCACAAAACAUAAAAAUAUUUAUAACAGAAAUAAUGUAAAAUGACCUUCUUAUUUCUAAAGCUAUUUUAUAUUGCUUUUCAAUAAAAAGAGUAUCAUGGUUAGUACAUUUCCCAUAAAUUAAGGGAUGGGGUGGGAGAUAUAUGUACCUAUAUGUAAAAAAUAGGCUAGCUAAAUCAUUGCUAUAAUAUAGCAAAGAACAUUUUUUUUUUCUGUGAAAUAAUGAAAUGGCUCAAGAAAUUUAGCCCAUUAGGAAACUUCCAAAUAAGAAAUUCUGCUGCUAUCUAUUAAAAAUUCAGUUAUCUUUG